GGAAAAUGGGGAACAUGACGAAAAUGGCCAAAUCAGAGAGGGUGAGAAUGGCCUGAAUGUGGAAGACGCGUCCAAAUUGGUCAAAGAAGGAGAUGAACACGUGAACAAAGAGGAGGCUUUAAAAGAGGGGCAACAAGAGGCUGAGAAGGAGGACGAAAAGGAGGCUCAACAUGAGGCUGAGAAGGAGGACGAAAAAGAGGCUCAACGUGAGGCUGAGCAGGAGAACGAAAAGGUGGCUCAACGUGAGGCUGAGCAGGAGAACGAAAAAGAGGCUCAAAAUGAGGCUGAGAAGGAGGACGAAAAGGAGGCUCAACAUACAGCUGAGAAGGAGAACGAAAAAGCGACUCAACAUGCAGCUGAGGAAAACGAAAAAGAGAACCUUCCAAGCAGCGAAGGCAAACCGCUUGAGGGCGCACCCAUGAGCAAACAACCGGAGACCACCUUUCCCCCCAAAGCGCCCCCCACAUUUAGCAACAACGAACCGUUAUACAUCGAAGUGAAAGGACUCCUCCAAGUCCUCAACGCUCAGGAUUUUGCCAAAAACAUGAGUAUGGAAAGUUUAAAUUUAGGAAAAAAAAACGAAAAUGUACCGAUCAGCAAGCGCUCACUUAGUGUGCCAUACAAGGGAGUUUCGAAGGGAAUUCCAAAGGACAUUAACAGGCAAAGCAGUAAAAGUAGUAAUGCAGCUGUUCAGAAGUUUCCAGGGAUGCCCAAAUCAGCAGGUCUGCCCAAAUCAGCAGGUCUGCCCAAAUCAGUAGUUCUGCCGAAAAGACCUCCUCUGCCAAUUAAGUCGCCCAUAAUAAAUCCGCCAAUUACAUUGAACAAAAGUAACCUCCUUAAGGAGGGAAUUACCGGGAAGGCGUUAGACACUGGUAAAGGAAAAAGCAUUUUUCGAAAUUUGCCAAAGAAAAUUCCUCCACCGGAAGUAGCAAAGAUAAAGCCCAAAGCGAUGAUUAAAACGAAUUUUAUCCCAACCAAAGAAAUUAACAAAGACGAAAAAGAGAAUGAACUGCUGCCAAAAGAAAAAACAUCUUUGAACGUAACUCCAAAAGUGUUACCCUUUCUGAUUAAAGAGAAAAGUGUUAAGCAUAAGGCUCCUCCCAAGGGUAACAUAAAACACACCUUGCAUUUUCUUAAGAGAGCUGCAGAAGUAGGAAGCAAAGAAGUUGAUGAAUCUGCGACGGAAAGGAAGGAAGAUCUAAGUGGGGCCACUAAGCAUGCAAGAAAAAGCUCUCUAAUCACUCGAAAAUUUAUAGAAAAGCCCAAAAAUAUACAAAAAGGUAGCCUCUUAAAGAUGGAAGCUAUGAAAAGAGGAAAGGCAAUUUUAGACACAAAGAAAAUUUUAGCCAAAAAACCCAUUUCCAGGUUGGUAAGCGAGUCGAAGGCGAGGGAAAAGGAUAGAAAGAAAAAGGUCCUGCUUAAGAGCGUACAAGAGAAAGAGGCACAACCGUUGGAGGGGCCUCUGGACAUCGCUGCCCCUAAGGUAGACGACACUGCAGAGGUAGGUACUGAGAAGAGUCCCGAAAAGGAAGAAGAACCCACUGAGGAAGGGGACCAAACGAACAAUGAACAGAGAAACGCAAAUGAAGAUCCCAAGGAAGAACCUCCACAGGUAGAUAAGGAAGAGGCCGUAGUGGUUGAAACGGAACACAUCACAGAGAGGGAAAAAACGUUAGAAGAAAAAAAUGAAUCCGAAAUGGAAAGAUAUGGGAAAGUCGUGCACGACUUGACGAGAAGCGAAACGGAGAGGCCUGAGGGGGCAGGUGAAGUGGUGGGGGAAGCCGUGGAGGGGGAAGUCGUGGGAGAGGAAGUCUUGGGGGGUGAACGGGUAAAGAAGCUGGACGAUGCGGCUGGCGAUAACGACUUGGAUGCAGGAAAGGGCGAAAAAAAAGCGGAAGAAGGGGAAAAAGAGGAAAAAGAAGAUAAAGUGGAAAAAGAGGCAAAAGAAGAUAAAGCGGAAAAAGAGGAGAAAGCCGAAAAAGAGGAAAAAGCGGAUGGUGAAGAGCAAGGGGGAAAUUCGACUGGUGGCCUAAAGGGGGUAGGGCCGGAAGAGUUGGAAGGGGGAGAGAAGGGAGAUGAAGCGGUCCAACCAGCGGAAGAGAAGGGAGACGAAACGGUCCAACCAGCGGAGGAGAAGGGCGAAGAAACGGCCCAACUAGCAGAACCGGCGAAACCGGCGCUAUCAGAAUCGGACGAGAAAAAGAAGGGGCCCGAAAAACCGAACGAAGCGAAGGAGGCGAAAAAAACAAAAUUCGAGGCUAAGAAAGGCGCGGACCAGAAGCUAAGCAAAAAGGUGCCCAAAAGAAGCGACAACGCACCGGCAAAAAAGGAUGAGGGAGGGGCGCCGCUAACGAUGAAGGCAAUUGGAAAGGUGCCAUCAACGAUGAAGGCAAUUGGAAAGGUGCCAUCAACGAUGAAGGCAAUUGGAAAGGCGCCUCUAUCCAUGAAGACUAUUGGAAAGGCGCCAAUCACCAUGAAGACUAUUGGAAAAGCGCUGCUCACCAUGAAGACCAUUGGAAAGGCGCCGCUAACCGUGAAGACCAUUGGAAAAGCGCCGCUCACCAUGAAAGCCAUUGGGAAGGCACCCCCAACCGUGAAGCAAAACGCAAAGCCGGAAUUGGCCCUAAAACACAAGGCGACGAUGAAAGGCAGCCCAACGUUACUAAAAUUAAAGACAGAUAUCACAGGCAACGUGAAAGAAAAGAAGAGCGUAAAAAAUGAAAAAAGCAGCGACCCGAUAAAAAAUGGAACUAGCAAGAAUUCGCCCCAAAGAAAGAGCACCCUCUUUUUGAAGAAAGCUAACACUUUUAAAAAAGCUACAUUGAGCAAAAAUUCUUUGAAAGAUGUAGAUGCAGAAAAGAAGAAGCUUCUAAAAAAGCUAGAUACAUCUAUGAGUGAUAAAAAUGGGAAGAUAGAUGCAGAAAAUGAUUCCAUUUCCAUGCCAAGUAAAAACCUCUCCAAGAAAGUUUCCUCUACAUCUAUUAAAAACGCCUUGUCCAUUUUUAAGAAAAAAACGUUGAGCAAGUCCAAGACGGACAGCAUUCACGAGAUCAUGUCGAGUGGGGGCAACCACAACGCGAUUGUUUCGUCAAAGUCGGAAAAUAUUUACAGCUUGUUGGAGCAGAAGGAGGAGGGGCGAGAAGCGGAAGCAGAUGGGUUGCUCACCAAAAAGUUGCUCAGUUCGAAGGAUCUAAGAGCGGGGGCGGAAUCGGGCUCCUCCGACGAGAGCGACCAUCAAAGAGAAGGCAAAGAUGAAGGCAAAAAUGAAGGCAAAAAUGAAGGCAAAGAUGAGAGUCAAAAUGGGAAGGAAUCUCCGCCCCCCAUGGGGAAGAACGAAGAAGGCAUCCGUUCCAAGGGGGGGGAAGAACCCCCCAAGAUGGCGGCAAACCCCUCUUUGAAGAAAUCCAAGUCGCUCAAGAAGCUCAAGUCCAAGGCGAGCAAAAAAAUGAACAUGAGUGAUGAGCUGUCAAUAGGGGAAGAAAAGGGAGCUAAAAAAAUUGCCAAGCUGAGUAGCUCCAAGAAGAUAAAAAGUGCCAUGUCUCAAAUGAGGUUGGAGAGGAAAAUGAAAAAGCUAAAAUCUGAGAUUUUAAAUAAAGGAGCAAGUGGUGUAACCAAAUUGAAAGACAAGAAGGGCCCCAAAAAGUAUAAAUCGACCACUGGAAAUGGGAACAGUAAAGCUGCCAAAGGAGUGGGAAGUGAAUCCUUGUUGGAAAAGGAAUUAGUCAAGAUGAAGUCCUUUAAGGAUAAAUGGAACAAAGAUUUUGCAACUCCAAGGAUAGGAGGCGUGGAUUCUUCCAGUAGCUUUUUGGCCCAGGACAAAUCGGAAAUGUCUAACGCUGAUUCGUCCGAUGAUAACGCCCCCCACUCGGUUACCUCUCCUUCGGUGGCGUCCAAAAAGCUGCGAAAGAAGAAGAAAAUGAGCAACCGAGCGAAUGGUGUUGUGGGUAACCGCGCGAAUGGAGUUGUGGGUAACCGCGCGAAUGGUGUUGUGAGUAACCGCGCGAAUGGACUCGUGAGCAACCGCGUGAAUGGCCCUACCCGCGCAGAUGACGCGCCCAAAAAGAGGGCAACCACCGCGAAGGCUAAAAGAACUGCCGCCAGCUCCAGCGUCAAAUCCAUGGAACAUAGGACUGUGAGCGACUUGGAGGAGGCAGCGCAGCCCCUCCCGGUUGCAAAUAAAGACAGCGCGGCAACGAAGAUAAGCGGCACAGAAGGAAGAAGCAGCGGAGGGGAAAGAAGAAACAGCGGCGAAACAAACGCAGGGAUGCUAAAACUGAGAAACGCCUCCCUGUUCAAUUUUAACCGAAUCAAGUCGGCGAACACGUUGAGGAACUUGUCAGUCCAAGUGAAGUUAGAACCUCCCCCCACGGAAGAGCCAUCCCAAGGGGAACCCAAUUUGAAGGUAAAUAACUUAUGCUCGAAAACGCCAGCGGUGGGUAGAAGGACAAGUGGGAGCAUCACGAAAAAUACCAGCUGGAUGUUUGGCAAGUGUUGCUCAGUAGGGAACAGCAGCACUGACUACGUCUACGAGAGAAAAGAACCCGCCAUCCAGAACUUCAGCUCCCUCUUUAACGUGAAUAAUAAGUAUGUGCCGCUGAACGAGAACUUGCAAAUGGCUCUCCUCUCUGGAAACAGCAUCAAGCUUUCAAAUGUUUACGAGUCUGAUUUGCUCGGCAGGGCCAGGUGA